AUGGCAGCCCAAGUUCCCACCGAUGCUCUCAAGGAGCUGAAAGUGAAUGAAACCGCAAAGGCAAACAGCAAAGGCUCAAAGCCCGCGCCAGCUGGCGACGAUGACGACCACGCAGAGGAUUCUGACGACGACGCCGACGAGAAUGGUGCAGCAAACGGACCCGACGGAGCCACUGGCGCCGCGAAGAAGAAGAAGAAGAGAAAGCCCAAGAAGAAGAAGAAGACCCCGACCGCACAGACUGAGCCACCCACCGUCAUGGUGAGCCAGUUGUUCCCCAACAAAAGCUACCCCAAGGGCGAGGAAGUCGAGUACAAGGACGAGAACCGCUACCGAACCACCAACGAAGAAAAACGCCAUUUGGAUAACUUGAACACGGAAUUCUUGAGCGAUUACCGCGAGGCGGCCGAGAUUCACCGGCAGGUCCGCCAGUACGCAAAAAAGUCCAUCAAGCCCGGUCAAACCUUGACUGAAAUCGCCGAAACCAUCGAGAACAGCGUCAGGUCUCUUACCGGCCACUCUGGGUUGACUGAGGGCGAUGCCAUGGUUGCCGGCAUGGGCUUCCCCUGUGGUCUCAGCUUGAACCACUGUGCCGCCCAUUACACUCCUAAUGCAGGCAACAAGAUGGUUUUGCAGCAGGAUGACGUUAUGAAGGUGGAUUUUGGUGUCCAUAUCAACGGCAGAAUUGUCGAUUCUGCAUUUACUGUGGCUUUUGAGCCCAAGUACGACAACCUGCUAAAGGCUGUGAAGGAAGCCACCAAUGCGGGUAUUCGAGAGGCUGGCAUCGACGCCCGUGUCGGUGAAAUCGGAGGCGUCAUCCAGGAAACUAUGGAGAGCUUUGAGGUGGAGAUUGACGGCACUACCUACCCCGUGAAGAGUAUUCGCAACCUCACAGGCCACAACAUUUUGCCUUAUAGCAUUCACGGUACCAAGGCCGUGCCCAUCGUUAAGAGCAACGACCAGACGAAGAUGGAGGAGGGUGAUGUCUUUGCUAUUGAGACUUUUGGAAGCACUGGCAACGGCUAUGUCAGAGACGACAUGGAAGUCUCGCACUACGCGAAGAAUGCAGAUGUCCAGCACGUGGAUCUUCGCCUCAGCUCAGCCAAGGCGCUGCUUAAUGUGAUUAACAAGAAUUUUGGCACCCUGCCUUUUUGCCGCCGUUACCUUGACCGUUUGGGACAGGACAAGUAUCUGCUUGGCUUGAACAGCUUGGUCAACAGCGGUAUUGUCGAGGCUUACCCGCCCUUGUGUGACAAGAAGGGCUCAUACACAGCUCAGUUUGAGCACACUAUCCUGAUCCGACCAACCGUGAAAGAGGUCAUCAGCCGAGGCGACGACUACUAA